AUGUCCGAUCGAGAGUACAGGUCAGAAGCACGGAAGAACAAUGAUCCGCCGAUCAGUCAAGUUGGGAGCGUAGGGUCCAAUGCUUCAGCACCUUCUGGCGCAUCACCUCCUCCUGGCUCAACACCCCCUGGCCUUCACUUCACGCACCAUCCAGUGCCAGAACCCGAGGAGGUUAAACGGACACCUAUGAAGAAAUUUGUCCGAUGGCUCAAAUAUGGUCCCAUUGAUUGA